CCCAAAACUCUAAAGAAAUUAUAUCAAACCAGCCACCAAAAUUCCCUCUUUAUUAUAUGGCUUCCUCAACCAGUACUAAACCAUAUGGAAAGGGAAUGGAAAAAGAUGAUGAGACAACCCCUUUGAAAAAGCAUGUCAUGUUCUUUGAUUCCAACCAGGAUGGCAUCAUUUAUCCUUGGGAAACAUUUCAAGGUUUUCGGAAAAUUGGCGGUGGAUUUUUUUUAUCUGUUGCUCUUUCCACUUUCAUUCAUAUUGUCCUCAGUUCCAAAUCUCGACCAGGAAAAUUGCCUUCUCCGGUCUUCCCCAUUGUGAUUGAAAACAUCAAACUUGAUCUGCAUGGCAGUGACAGUGGUGCCUAUGAUCGCGAGGGAAACUUUGUUGAAUCAAAAAUUGAAGAAAUUUUCAACAAAUAUGGACAUACUUAUACAAACGCCUUAACAUCGAAGGAGGUGGAUGAAUUGCUUCGCGAUAAAAGGGAUCCAAAUGAUUACAUGGGAUGGGUUCUCGCCGCCAUUGAGUGGAGGGUAUUGUAUCUCCUUGCCAAAGACGGGAAAGGAUUGCUCACCAAAGAAAGAGUGAUAGGUGUUUAUGAUGGAAGCUUAUUUGAUCAAUUGGCUAAAGAACACGCACCAAAGAUAAAAGCAAAUAAUUCUACUGCAUAGAAGGGCAGCCUUCGCUGAUUGGUGCUUCUCAACCGUCAAAACUGUUGCAUACGGUGUACUAAAUCGAAGCAUACAAUGUUAUUAUUAUAUAUAUAUGUAACAAUGUAAUGUGCUCUUUGAUGCCUAACAGACUUACGAAAUAAACGAUUGAAUUUAA